AACCUUUCAGUCUUACUCACUCAACAUUCGGUUUGCCUUUUAACAUUUCAAAUUUAAAUUUCGAAUUUUUGUAGAAAUUUAUUUUUGGUGAUGUCGCGUUACCAGUACGCCGAUCACUGCUUGGAGGCCUUCAAUGUCUUUCAUCGACCUCUUGAACUCGACGAGGUGGCUGGCUAUGUGGCCGAAAUGGAGGCCAAGUCCGUUGAUCAGGUGAGAUUGGCUGUGGAUAACACGCUGACUGCUGGCUGGUUGCAUGGAUUUCUGACCAUGGAGGAUGGCAUGUAUACGCUAAGCUGCGGCUAUUGGGAUGAAGAGCAUCCAGCUACAGGCAAGAAAGGGACACGCCAUUUAAAGAAAUCAAUCCUAAGGAGUACUCUGUAGGCCUUGUAUUACCAUUUUUGAGACUAGGAGAAGCAGGACUCUGAAAUCGGGAUGCCAUUAUGGUUUAACUUUUCUUUAAAACCUUAGAUUGAGUGGCUAACCACUAAUGAGUACUCAAAUAAACCUUAAGGUGGUCUUAAA